GUCCAGAGAGCUGAGGGCCCCGCGUGGGUGACCAGCAAGGAAGGAGACUGUGUCCGCCCAGCCUCCCCCGGAGCCUGCCUGCCCACUGAGAGGAUGAAGGUCUCCGUGGCUGCCCUCUUUCUCCUCAUCCUCACCAUCACUUCUGCUGUUCACAGUCAGCCAAAAGUUCCUGAGUCGGUGAACCCCCCACCCACCUGCUGCCCGAAGUAUCAUGAGAAAGUAUUGCCGAAAAAACUGGUGGUGGGAUACAGACAGGCCCUCAACUGUUACCUGCCGGCAAUCAUCUUCAUCACCAAGCGGAAACGAGAGGUCUGUACCAACCCCGAAAACGACUGGGUCCAAGAGUACAUCAAGGAUCCCAAACUUCCUCUGCUGCCUUCCAGGAGGUUGGCUUAGGUUAACAUCACCAGAUGGGAGGAAGGUCAACCCCAGAUCCACAACUCGCCCUGGUGGUCAGGCCUCCGAUGGAGCCCAAGUUCGACGGGGCAGGGGGGAAGGGGUAACCCUGUGAAAACACGGGCAACCUUGUGAUCUGAAUGACAAGAGUCACCUUCAGAGAAAGAGGCCAGAGAUUCAAAAAAGUAAAGCAUUUCGAAUAUA